AUGUGGCAGUGCUACAAGCUACAAGCUACCCGCUCCCGCUCCCGCUCCCGCACUCGCACGCCUAAGCCGCAAGCCCUCUGCUUUCUGUUACUGCUCCUCGCUCGCUCAAUUUCUUCGCAGAAACGGCGCGGCGUGAUGGGGUUGAGCGGCAGACAUAGCGUUGGUAGGGCGGCGGGCUGGGCGGCGAUGUGCAUUCCUGCAUUCCAGCGUCUAAACAACAACAGAGGACAUGUAUGCAUCUUCGCACAUCUCAUCCAUCACACACUGCACACACAGAAAACACACACCAUGCGCAGCGUGUGGCUCUUCCUGGUCGCAAGCGUACGGGCAAGUGCAUUUUGGACUUGGCCGCCGCCGGACUUCUUCCAACACCCCGACGCCGACGCCACCAAUUACACCCGCCACGCUGACACACACAUCCUGCAGCUGUCGACUCUCUCUUCACGCUACUGCUUGCCCUGGAUCCGGCUAUUCGACCCCACCAUCCCGGCUUUCGAUGUUCGAGGUGCUAUGCCGAGCUCCCGCUGGCGCCGCACGGAGGACUUCCGCAACUUGUUCAGUGGCGCCAAACUUGCCAUGAUUCUCACCCCCCUGAACUGCGCCUUCCUCGACUCGUUGACCCGCACCUCCUUUGAACGCCGCCUAGCGACAUUGGCGUCGUGGGUCGACCAUCGCGUUUUGGAUCGCACUACACUCGCCUUUCAAAACCUUCCUCCCGUGCAGCGCUCGCUGCGUGAAGUCUUGUCCAGCGUCAGGCGAUCUCUGUACCUGCUCUUCUUCCGCGCCGACUAUGAAGACUUCCGCAACGCCCUUCACGCACUCUGCAACACCUACCGAGCGAACCUCGCCAUCUACCUCGACGGCCCCGGCACCGAUCAGCUGCUCACCCACUACCACGCCGUCGUGAGCGCAGCCGCGACUUACCGCGACCAGAUUGCGACCGAUCUCGACUACAUCGCUCUACAGAUCACCCUCUGCCACCGCAAUACAGACAGCGAACCAUCCUGUCGCGAACAAUGGCGUGCCGAAAUUCGACAGCUGCACCAAAACAAGGCCUAUGUCGACUGGCAGGAGCUCAAUACGCUCGUGACAUAUCAGCGCUACACCGCCAUGCGCUUCUUUGCUCGCCAAAUGCGUGACAUCCUCGACAUUCUCCUCGUGAGGAUGCAGACACACCCCAACGAUUUCGAGGUAAUCAAGGAUCUCAUCAUCUGCCUCCAGUACAUCGGCCGCAGCUCCUCCGCCGGCCCGACGCAGCUUCACGCUCUCGGUGAUCGCGCUGCUCUGUACGCGAGCCAACAUUGGGCCCAUCACCAUGCCGACACUCCACGCCCACCGCCUCCACCACCACCAUCAUACUCAUGGCCGAUAACAGACACAAUCAAGUGUCUCGUCAAUUUGCGAAAUGCCUGGCGCAUUAGUACGACCAUUUCCCAGUCUUUCCCAUCCCUGCCGCCUGAUUUCAGAAAACCCGACCGUUACGCACUGCCCGAUGUCCUCACCUGUCCGAACGUUCUCACCCUCAUGAGAAGUCACCACUGGGUGCACCGAUAUCUGUCCUCGCUCGAGCUCUGCGACGAAGUCACCGACGUCCCAAACGAUCAUCGAAUUGCCGUUCCCCUCCCUCGAGAGCCCACCGCUGCUGACUGGAAUUGCGAGGCGCCUAGCUGGGGAGCGGAACCAGCGGAGCUCAGUGGCAAAGGGUUGAGAAUGGGCAAUACUCCGUACGGCAAGAAGCGCGACUGGAGAGCCUUCAAGAGAGCGUCACAUGGAAAGAGCGAAUUGAACCCCUUGUGGGAGAGGAGUUGGAUGAAUGGUGCCUGGAGCUCCCGUGGGAUAACGAUGAGCUGCCAUAAGAUCGGCCGGAAAGAUGGCGAAUCGGAGGCCUGUAACCACGCUAAGGGUGAAUGGACACUGGGAAGCAUAGGGAGGACUGAAUGUCGAGGAGAGAGUGAUAGGAGCAACCAGGUGGUCGCUGUUACUCCAACAUGUAUGCUAAGAUCGAGGAGUAACAACCCCUUCCACCCUGCACUCGUUCGGCCGAAUAAAGAUCUUGGUGCUACGACGAAAGUGGGAGCUAACGCCCUCUACUAA